AUGUGUUUGACGCAGCGAGUGCCGAGUGGGGAGAACAACUCCUUGGAUCGCUUGGCGCAAAAUCCAUCCCUUCUCUCCCCUCUUUCUCCUCCAGCCUCUGGAUCCCGCACUGCCCUCCCUCCCCUCCUCCAGCGGUGUGGGGCCGCCAGGGCUGGGCUCUGUAAGAAAUCACAGGAGCACUGGCAGCGGCUGGAGGAAGCUGCUAAGGCGCGCGCAGCUCCUAAAAGUGCCUGUGCUCGCGCGGUGAACCUCCCAACGUGGUCCCAGCCGGCGGUCAGCACCAUGGACAGCGGCGCCGUCCCCAGGAACCCCGGCAACUGCUCUGACCCCUUCGCGCACUCUGCAAGUUGCGCCCCAGCAGCACCGAACCCGGGUUCCUGGGUCAACUUCUCCCACAUGGAUGGCAACCUGUCCGACCCCUGCGGUCCGAACCGCACGGCGCUGAGCGGGAGCGACAGCCUGUGCCCUCCGACCAGCAGCCCUUCCACGAUCACGGCCGUCACCAUCAUGGCCCUCUACUCCAUCGUGUGCGUGGUGGGUCUCUUCGGAAACUUCCUGGUCAUGUAUGUGAUUGUCAGAUACACCAAAAUGAAGACGGCCACCAACAUCUACAUCUUUAACCUUGCUCUGGCCGAUGCCUUGGCGACCAGUACCCUGCCAUUCCAGAGUGUCAAUUACCUCAUGGGAACAUGGCCAUUUGGAACCGUCCUCUGCAAGAUCGUGAUCUCCAUAGACUACUAUAACAUGUUCACCAGCAUAUUCACGCUCUGUACCAUGAGCGUGGACCGCUACAUCGCCGUCUGCCAUCCGGUCAAGGCCCUGGAUUUCCGUACUCCCCGCAACGCCAAAAUCAUCAACGUCUGCAACUGGGUCCUGUCCUCAGCCAUCGGCCUGCCUGUGAUGUUCAUGGCGACAACAAAGUACAGGCAUGGUUCCGUAGAUUGCACACUAACAUUCUCUCACCCAGCCUGGUACUGGGAAAACCUGCUGAAAAUCUGUGUUUUCAUCUUCGCCUUCAUCAUGCCUGUCCUCAUCAUUACGGUGUGCUACGGACUAAUGAUCUUACGCCUCAAGAGUGUCCGUAUGCUCUCUGGCUCCAAAGAAAAGGACAGGAAUCUUCGGAGAAUCACCAGGAUGGUGCUGGUGGUCGUAGCUGUGUUCAUCGUCUGCUGGACCCCCAUUCACAUUUACGUCAUCAUUAAAGCCUUGAUCACAAUCCCAGAAACUACUUUUCAGACUGUUUCCUGGCACUUCUGCAUUGCUCUAGGUUACACAAACAGCUGCCUGAACCCAGUCCUUUACGCAUUUCUGGACGAAAACUUCAAACGAUGCUUCAGAGAGUUCUGUAUCCCAACUUCCUCCACCAUUGAGCAGCAGAACUCCACUCGAAUUCGUCAGAACACUAGAGACCACCCCUCCACGGCCAACACAGUGGAUAGGACUAACCAUCAGGUACGUACAAGAUGUUCCCAGCAAAUCAGUGUCACCGCAAAGGAGGAAAGAAAGAACAAAAUGGGGAAGGAUGAUUUGCUGGAAGAUGGUGUGUCUGGCAGUAGUGUACCCUGGGCCUCUGCCCCACUGCCUGGGCCUCUUGUCACAUCUGAUCCUCCCAGUAUCCUCCACUCACCCUGCUCUCCCGGCAAUUCAGCCCCCAGCCGCCUGCUGGAGCGUUUCCCCUGA